AUGGAAAGUAAGGCUGGACCGUCAGGAAGUAAAUCUACGAAUAGUUCAAGAAAAAAGCGUCGGCAUAGUGAUGAGUAUGAGUCUGACUAUAGUGAUGAGGAUGUGUAUUCUCAAAGAGCUGAUGAAGACUCUUCAAGUUCAGAGGUCUCGUCUAGUUGCGGCAGUGAUGAUAGUAUCUUUGAUACUAGACUGAAGCAGAAGACGACCAGCCGUGUACCACCAGCUCAACCUUCAAGGUUAUCUGCCCUAAAGACGACAAGCCCUAUACCACCAGCUCAACCUUCAAGAUCACCUGCCUCAAAGACGACCAGCCGUGUACCACCAGCUCAACCUUCAAGUUCAUCUGCAUCAAAACGUGGUUUAUGUGUGUCAGAUGGAAAGCCUAUUAUUCAAUGUAAGCGAUUAAGACCUACAUUUAGGGAUGGCCCCACGCGUAAUAAUUCUGCUCAAUCGUGGAAGUUACCAGAUCCAAAUAGUUCCUCAGCAUCGAAGCCUUCGCCUCGACAACUGGAAUUUGAUGGAGACGGUAGCUUUGAAUUCAAUUAUGAAAUUGACUGCCGUCCUACAUCGCCGAAUAUCGUACAGGACUAUGGAGAUUUUUUCCCGGAUAUACCAGAUAGCUGUCUAUUAAACCCUACCUGUUCAACACCUAACGUAUCUCUUCUGAGAUCCGAUGCGAUCACCACCAACCUUUCACCAGAACGUAAUGACGCCUCUCCAUCAAUUCUGGCUGUUCGGAGAUCUGGAAGUAGUACUCCGGACUUACCAGAUAAUUAUUAUCUAUCACCCAAUAACUCACCCUCUGGUCAAGGAGCCACUACCACCUGGAGCAGUGAUCCAAGCUCCAUGAAAAACAUAGAGUUUACUAAGGAACAGGAACUCUUAGUGCCGCCUCCAACUGAUCCUUACGAAGCAUUCCGAAUAUUGAUUGAUGACGAGUUGUUAGAUCUUAUAGUUCGCGAGACCAACGCGAACGCAAUAAGAGUCGGUAAUGCACAAAACGUCAAACAAAACUCCAGAAUAAAAUCUUGGAAAGAUUUAACAAAGGAAGAACUGUUGACAUUUUUAGGACUCCUUCUUCACACAGGAACAAUUCGAUUAAACCGUUUAAGUGAUUAUUGGAAACGACACUAUUUGUUUAAUAUUCCAUGCUUCGGACAAUUCAUGGCACGAAAUCGUUUUCUACUGAUUUUACGGUGCCUACACUUUACGCCUGAAUCCAGUGAAGAAGACCGUCUCAAUAAAAUCCGACCAUUUAUGGAUCAUUUUAACAAUAAAAUGAAAACUAUUUAUUGUCCAGGUAAAGAGCUAUCAUUGGAUGAGUCCAUGGUAUUGUGGCGCGGUCGGUUGCUGUUCCGACAAUACAUAAAAAACAAACGUCAUAAAUAUGGCAUUAAACUCUAUGUUUUAGCAGAACCAGAUGGUACGGUUUUAAAAUUUCUAGUUUACGCCGGUGCUAAUGAUAAGACAUCAGGGCAAGGACAUAGUAGUAAGAUUGUGUUCAAACUACUAGAAGAGAGACUGGACUGUGGCCAUCAUGUAUAUAUGGAUAAUUACUACAAUUCUUAUGGCCUGGCUGUGAAAUUGCUAAAUCGACAGACGUACUGCACAGGAACGUUAAGAAAAAACAGGAAAGAUAAUCCCGUCGAAAUUGGCUCUGUUUCACUGGAAAAAGGAGAAAACAAAUCCUUGUUCUUAAACGGCGUUUAUGUCGGAAAAUGGAGGGAUAAGCGACACGUUCUGUAUAUUUCUACAGAACAUGGUAGUGAGAUGAUGGAGACUACUUCCAAAAGGGGAUCUGAAGUAAUGAAACCAAUGGCAAUCGUCCAUUACAAUAAUUUUAUGUCGGGCGUUGAUCUUCAAGAUCAGAUGUUGGCAUACUAUCCAGUCCAAAGGAAGACGCUGCGUUGGUACAAGAAGCUGUUUGUGCAUAUGCUGCAAAUGAGCCUCACUAAUGCAUUGCACUUGUACAAUAAAUUUUCGGCCAAUGAUAAAUUAAAUCUAUAUGAUUUCCGUAUGAAGAUACUGGAAAAGCUUUUACCUGAUCCUAAUGACGUCAAUCGACGCAAUGUUUUGAAAGUGAAACACGAACUCACUAAAAUAGAAAAGACCCGGACGAGACUUAAGACAGUAGGAAGUGUCACGAAAGAAACUAUCGAAGUGGCCCGAAAAGAAUGCAAAGGUUGCAAAGCACAAAAAAAAAGGGUGCAAACAAUUUAUGAAUGUAAGCAAUGUGAAGGUUAUCCAGGUUUCUGUACAAAAUGCUUCUGCCUAGUACAUUCCUAA